AUGGCUUUUACAGAGGACAGCCUCAAGGCGAAGCUCUCGUCACUCAAUGAGACGCAAGAGGCCAUCUCCACUGUAGGCCAGUGGAUCCUCUUUCACAGACGACAUGCCGAGCGCAUCGCCCACGUAUGGCUUCAGCGCAUGAAAGAAUCGACGCCGAACAAGAAGCUUGUCCUGAUCUACCUCGCCAAUGAAAUCUGCCAAACCUCCAAGAUGCGCAAGAAGGACGAGUUUCUGCGAGCCUACGAACCCAUCCUCGCCGAGGCGACCACGGUAGCCUACAAAGGCUCUCCCCACGAGAUACAGAACAAGAUUCGAAGGGUCGUCGAAGUCUGGCGCUCGCGACAAAUCUUCAACCAAGCCGUGCAGCAAGCCGUCGAAAAGUCGAUUGACGAAGUAGACCGCUCCAAAUCGUCUACGCGCAAGCCGGCUCUUGGUGGUUCGCUCUUUUCAGCUUCAACUGUCCCUCCUGAGCUCACUCCAGUCGCGCCUCUCGCAACCACUCUGCAAAAGGCUGAUGUCGCGGCCAAGCCCGCCAUCACGACCGCAAACCAGGACUACGAGAAGCUGACGAACCCAAAUGCCGCCAUUCCGUCCCCUCCUAUGCAUGCCGCCGGUCUCGCUGCACUUUGCAAAAAGCUUGCCGUGGCUGAAGGCGCCGUCGCACAAAGCAUCCAGGCCCGCAAGGCGCUCAUCACUGGCCUCGAACAACUCCUGCAGACGAACAAGUUGAAGUUGGAACAAGAAGAGGCGCAAGCUGCUGAUCUAAAGACGCGCAAAGAUGCCAUAGAGAGCCGGAAGCGCGCAGUAGAAGAAGCCAUUCUCAAGGGCUUGUCAGCGGCUGAGCAGAAUAGGAUCUCAACUGCGCCUUUGCCUGUCGCUACAACUUCGCCAGUUGCUGCGACAUUUGCGCCUGCCCAAGGACGGCCCGAAGUCGAGGAACUCACGCCUCCGCCCAUGGAAUCCUUUACCCCCACCGGAUCACCACAACAAACAGCGGCAGUCAGAAACAAUCCCGUGCCUGAUAUUGGCAAUGAUGUCAUGCCUGAGCCCGCAGCCCAUACUGUCGUACCAGAGACAGCCCCUGCUCCGGCACACCAUACCACGCAACCAGAAUUCGCAACCGCAAUCGGAGAGCCGAACCAGCACAUAGCCGCAGACCUCCUCAAGAGCCUACAGCAUGCGCGACCUGGAGCGGACGGAGGAGUAUAUGGACAACAGCACGCGUACGAUGGCGCACAUAAGAAGAGGAAGAUGAGCAGGACUGCAACAGAUGACGAUUUCGCGGCGUUUGCGGGCGAUAGGGAUAUGGCAGGUAUUGACGACAACUUUGCAGAGUUGAUCUAA